AUGGAUUAUGUGUUUGGCAUGGGAUUUGAGGGGUAUGUAUAUGCUGUCAUACCACAUACAACAUAUUUUGGACCUCCAGGGGCAAGGCGCGACUUUCGUCGUCCACCUUAUACUGAUCGCGUCCAAACCUCAAUUAUUCGAAUCAAAUUGUCGAUAUGGGAGAAAAAUCGAACGCGGACUCGAAAUUACCGCUUCAUCUUACCCAAAGAAGCUGCCAUCCUAUCAAACACAUUGAAAGAUAUGUUAUCAGCUCAUGUCCAAGCUGAAAAAGCUGGUAAACCUACACCUACACCUAAUAAUUUUGAUCAUCGAAUUCCAAUUGAAAUGGCUCUUCAAUUGUGA